CAGAAAACACCAGUUUCUGCUCAAAGAUGAUGUCAAGAGUUGUGCUCCUUAUUAUGGCAGGUGGCGCCCAGUAGCCAAUGAACAGCUGCUUUUAUCCACGGAUGUUACAGGGCAAAGGGGGGAACAGAAGUAUGAUUGUACUGCUGGCCAAGGCUGAUGAUAGUAUAACGUAUCCACGCCAAGCAAAUUGUGAUUAUUCUUCCAGUCCCACUGAUUGUGAGUCUAAAUAUCAACCUGUCUGUGGAACAGAUGGAAACAGUUAUAGCAAUGAAUGUUUCCUUUGCAAUGAAAACAGAGAAAGACCAGAUAAUAUUGUGGAUAUACAAAAAGAAGAUCGGUGCUAAAAAUGGAGCUUAGCUUGUACUGUCUGUCUGUUUUAAUAUGAAUACUUCGAAACUCCAAAUAAUGUCCAUAUGAAUCAUUAAAAUGCAGUUAUAAUUUCAGGAUUUAUGUAUUUGAAAAGAAAAUGAAACUGUGUGAUCUGCUUGUACAGUUUUAUUAAUGUAAUAAAAUAUAAUAAACUAUGGGAUCAAAUAUA